AUGUCGAGUCUACGUCUCCUCUCGACCGUCGCCCGGCGCGCACCGUCGACAUUCCCAGCAGGGAGGAGAGGAUAUGCGGAAGCUGCAGACAAAAUAAAACUGUCCCUGGUAUUGCCCCACCAGUCCAUUUUCUCUUCAGCAGAUGUUGUACAAGUCAACAUCUCCGCUGCCACUGGUGAUAUGGGUAUUUUAGCCAACCAUGUGCCGUCCAUUGAGCCAUUAAGACCCGGUUUGGUUGAGGUGGUCGAAUCAGGGAACACCUCUAAGAAGUGGUUUGUCUCUGGCGGCUUCGCCACCGUUCACCCUAACAACAAACUUACCAUCAACGUUGUUGAGGCCGCUUCCUUGGACGACUUCUCUCCGGAGGCUGUUCGUGCGAACUUGCAGGAGGCUCAAAGGGUCAUCGCAGGGAACGGUUCAGAGGAAGACAAAGCUGAAGCCAGGAUCGAGGCGGACGUGUAUGAGGCGCUGCAGCAUGCGCUUGCGUCGAAGUAG